CCCUCUGGGCUAUGGUACCUUUGAGCCAGCUAAGCAGCCACAUCAACUCCACCUGUGGGGCAGAGAAUUCCACCGGUGCCAACAGGGCUCAACCACUGGCCUACUAUGCGCUUUCCUACUGUGCCCUCAUCCUAGCCAUCGUCUUCGGCAACGGCUUGGUGUGUGCAGCUGUAAUGAGGGAGCGUGCUCUGCAGACCACCACCAACUACCUAGUGGUGAGCCUGGCUGUGGCAGACCUGCUGGUAGCCACCUUGGUGAUGCCCUGGGUAGUGUAUCUGGAGGUGACAGGUGGAGUCUGGAAUUUCAGCCGCAUUUGCUGUGAUGUUUUUGUCACCCUGGAUGUAAUGAUGUGUACAGCCAGCAUCCUGAACCUCUGUGCCAUCAGCAUAGACAGGUACACAGCUGUGGUCAUGCCCGUUCACUAUCAGCAUGGCACUGGGCAGAGCUCCUGUCGACGUGUGGCGCUCAUGAUUACAGCUGUGUGGGUGCUGGCUUUCGCUGUGUCCUGCCCUCUCCUCUUUGGUUUCAACACUACAGGGGACCCCAGCAUCUGCUCCAUCUCCAACCCUGAUUUUGUCAUCUACUCUUCAGUGGUGUCCUUCUAUGUUCCCUUUGGCGUAACUGUUCUCGUCUACGCCAGGAUCUACAUGGUGCUGAGACAAAGAAGACGGAAACGGAUCCUCACUCGACAGAACAGCCAAUGUAUAAGCAUCAGGCCUGGCUUGCCUCAGCAGUCUUCCUGUCUACGGCUGCACCCCAUUCGGCAGUUUUCAAUCAGGGCCAGAUUUUCAUCAGACGCCACAGGACAAAUGGAGCAUAUAGAUGAUAAACAGUAUCCCCAGAAAUGCCAGGACCCUCUUUUGUCACACCCAAACCCCCUGUCUCCUGGUCAGACACAUGGGGAGCUGAAGCACUACUACAGCAUCUGCCAAGACUCUGCCUUGAGGCAACCAAGCUUCCAAGAAGAAGGAGGAGGAGGGUUGAAUGGGGCAGGGAGGACUCAGAACUCCCUGAGUCCCACCAUGGCACCCAAACUCAGCUUAGAGGUUCGGAAGCUCAGCAAUGGCAGAUUAUCAACUUCCCUGAAGCUGGGGCCCCUACAGCCUCGCGGAGUGCCACUUCGAGAGAAGAAGGCUACACAGAUGGUGGUCAUUGUGCUUGGGGCCUUCAUUGUCUGCUGGCUGCCCUUCUUCUUGACUCAUGUUCUUAAUACCCACUGCCAGGCAUGCCAUGUGUCCCCAGAGCUUUAUAGAGCCACAACAUGGCUCGGCUAUGUCAACAGUGCCCUCAACCCUGUGAUCUAUACCACCUUCAAUGUUGAGUUCCGGAAAGCCUUCCUCAAGAUUCUGUCUUGCUGAAGGAGAGGAGGAUGUGUGCCCACUUUACCCACUUCAAGACACCAGGCAGUUUGGUCCCCUGGCUCCAGGACCUGCUCUGAAUGACUGCACUGUCUUCU